AAGGCCAAAGCGGCCGCCGCUGGCCUCUCUCUCUCGCCUCUCUCUUUCUCCCCUUACCCUCUCUCAGUUCUCUCUUCCAGAAACCACAAACGAAGAGAAAAAAAUGGAGAGGAGAGGAAGAAGAAUGCGACCUCUCCCUCUCUCACGUUCGCUCCCCCUUCUGAGAAACGAAAGAAAAGAAGGACGGAAACUGAUUUUGGUCUCUCUCUCUCUCUCUCCUCUCGGCUAGCCAAAAUGAUGGCUCAGAUCAAACUAAAUAUGUCGUGAAGCCUCUGAUCUAGAGGGGAAAAGGAGGCGAGGAGUUCGCCGGCGACGACCAGACCAAUGGACGAUCGACGGAAAGGAGAAACGGAAGUCUCCGGCGGCGCGGCCUACACCAGAAAUGACGGCAAGGGUUUGUACCUGAUUUGUUUCUGACUCAAAGUGAUGACCUAAUGAGGAACAAUGACUCAAAAUGAGUUGGGCCUCCAAGUCUGAUUCGUGCCCAAACGAGAGGGAUUUUCCCUUGUUUUAAUUUCAAUUUUCUUUUACUUUGUUCCUCUUUCAAAUGUAAAAUUACCUAGUGUAAUUUGUAAUUCAUUAUUUGUAAUUGUACAUGUAAUAAUCUAUGCCAUUAGCCUUUAAUGCUAGAUAAUUAUUAUGAUGCAAU